AUGGCACCACAUCAUCGCCUCCCCCGCAUGGCGGUCUCCUACGGCCGAACCAGAAUCCUGCGGUUGACAGUGCUGGCUUGCAUAGCCUGCACGACGCUGGUGAUGAUCAUGCAAAUUGGGAGGGCGUGGUCCCGUGGACGAGAUGGACAUCGUCAUCACCUGUUGCAGGGGGCUUCACCGGGUUGGAAGACGACUGAGGGGGGGCUUGUUCCUGUCAAGAGCAGGGAGGAGCUUGGGAGGGAGAUGCUAGAGUAUGUAAGGGGCUUGCCUGGGUUGCAAGGGGAGGUGGCGGUGUUGAGUAAGAGAGUUAGGGUUGUGGAAAGCAAGGAGGGGGCGGUGGGGGAGGGGAAGAUUAGGAGGGUAGGCAGGGGUUUUUUGGAGGGGCACGGGUUUGCGAGGGUAGAUUUGACGCCGCCGGCUGCUGGGGAGGGAAGAAGCGACAACGGGGAGACGUUGAAGCAAGAGACGAGGCUGCCGGUUCCGGGGGUAGUGGAGGUGCCGGUUGACGUGCCCAGGGACGACAUGGGGGAUCCGGGGGAGGUGCUGUUUGGGAUUGCGUCGGAUUAUGAGAGGGUGUCGAGGGAUGAUUUUGGACUUGUGAGGGACUGGGCGGGGUUUUUGACAAAUCAUAGUGCGGAGAGAGAGAGGAAGGAGAAGAGGAGGUCAAAUGGAGCGGGGUUGCUAUUGGUGUUGAGCAAGGCAACUGAGUCGGAGGUUGUGGAGGUGAAGGCUAGGUUGUGGCAGGCUGGGAUUGAUGGGACGGUGUUUGUUGUCGAGCAGAGGGAAGGGAAGGAUAGUGAUCGGUAUAAAGGGGGUGUCUAUGCGCAGUUGUUUCAGAGGCUGUUGAUGUCGAGGUUUGGAAAGGGGGAGGUUGGAGCUGGGAAGACGAGAAGAUGGUUCGCGGUAGUGGAUGAGAAGGUGUUCAUACCGAAUUUGAGGAAGUUGGUUUGGGAAAUGGAUACAAGAUUUGAGGAUGGAGGAGAGUGGUUUGUGGGAUUGCCGACCGAGAAAGAGGACUGGGCAGAUGAUGAAAAUGGGAAGCAGAUCACAUAUGGAGGAGGGGCAGUUGUGAUGAGUCCUUCAGCACUAGAUACAGUUGGUCAGUUGAUGUGCUUUCAGGCUGGUGGAAAGGGUGGGAAUGAUGAGGUGAAGGCUGACAGCAAUUGGGGGCAGACACUUUACAAAUGUUUGGAGCAAGAAAGAUACCUCAAGAUUCAGGUCCUUGUGGGUGGCGGUGGCUAUCUUCCUGGUGAGGGAAGCCAAGGCCAGAAGGUGAGUGGCCGGCCGCUGGUUUUGCGCACGGACAAGGAUCCUUUCAAAUUUUCAGUGAAAGGUCAUCUUGUCAGCAAUGUCUGCGGCGAGGAAUGUUACCUUCAAAGGUUCUUGUUCGCAGACAGUUGGGCUCUCAUUAAUGGGCACAGUAUCACAGCCUACCCGCGCAGAAUCGAGGUUCAGAUGUCUUCCCAAAAGAUGACACAGCAAAAAGGAUUCCAAAACAAAAGUGGUGGAGGCGAAGUGGCUGACAAAAUCGCCGUCCAUUCAACGUCGUCGGUUGGUGAGGGCCAGAAAAUAGCUUGGAGGGGUGGAAAGACCAAGACCUGGCGACUUGUUAGCGCUGAAGUGCGUGAUGAUGGCAAGGAAGUCUGGCAGGCGUAUGUUAAUGAGAAAGGAAUUGGCAGUAAAGAGGAGGAGAAGUCGGAUGUGGACUCUGUCAUUGUGUUGGUAUGGGAGUUUUGA